GGUGGGGGGGAAAUAGGGGUUUUUGGGCCUCUUUAACGAGCAUCUAGAACAAUUAUUUACUCAAUUUUUUUUUAUUUUUUUUGGUGGUGGUAGGAACCUGUGACUGUUCAGCAGCAGCAGGAGUAGCGAGGCAGCAAAGGGAGACCGCUCCAAAGAGCGACUGUGGUUAUUGUUGUUGUGCUGCUUCUCAUCCACGGGCCAAGCGGCAUCGUCGGUGCCGGGAGUCGCUUGUUCCCUGGCCGUCCUUUCUUUGUUGUGUCACCUCGUGCGGCGCGUCCCGUGCUGGGAUAACAUCAUCAUCACUAGAAAGGGGGCAGUCCAACGCGCUAAAUAUUCUCGCUGUGCGCCAUUGGAUUCGGAAGACAAUCAGAGGGGGGCCGGCCGUCUUGUCGCGUGAGUGAGACAGGCGGGGUGGUUGUUGUGUUGGGGGGUGGUGGUGGUGCGAGACGUGGCUCUGGGGGGUGGUGGUGGUGGAGAGACAUUCGCAACACGGAGAGGAAGAGAGUAGCAGCCAGCGUCGGUGGUGGAGAGAGGCGAACAGAUUAAGAAUGCUGUAAUAAGCGCAACUUUGGUCGAAUCAAUUUUUUUUUGGUUGCUGCUCUCGAAACUACAGCGACGGUGAACUCGGAAUUGGCGUCCCGGGAGAAGUUAACGGGGCUCGCGAAGUGGAGGAACAAUCAAAGUCGCCCUCGGUGGGGACUUUUUUGUUGAACGCAAUUAACUUUUGCGCGUGUCCGUGUCGAGUUUUUUUAACGCGACAACUUUGGCUUAAGUUGGUUCACAAAGACGCGCAAUCCCGUCGCCUGCCUCCUGAACAUCAUCAUCAUCAUCCGCUGCUGCUGCUGAUGAUGAUGCGUCUGCCACCGCCGGUUUCCGCUGUCUACUUUGUAAAUCGCUAACAGGGAAAAGAGGAGGGUGGAGGUGGAAGGAGGAGGAAGAAGGAGGAACAAGAGACCCGGACUGAUGUCGCAGGAGGCUCGGAGAGCCACGGGGUUCGCUGGUUUUUACGCGUUCAGUUGAACUGCUGUGAAAGCGGCGUUUGUCGGCAGUCUCAGACGGGGUUUGGGGGGGGAAGGGAGGGACAGGAGAUAACCCACGAGCAGCACCGGAUCAUUAACUCAUAGCAUUUACUAAUUAGCUGUAAUAGUAAACCACGCACGCCUAGUUACCGCAGUUAUUGCGCGUCUAUACGGCGCAUGCGUUCCUAAAACGAAAACUCAUUAUUAGCAACGGGAACAAACAAACAAACAACAGCAACAGCAGCCAGCCAGCAGAGACAUCGACCAUCAUCAUCAUCGCGAUCACCGGGGACGAGAGGCGAGGAGACAACCCACAAGACCGUGGCCACGAUGGACCUGAGAUUCUAUUCCCCGGCGGCUGGGAAAUGUUUUCCCGCAGAGCCCAACUCGAGCCUGGAUCCGUCUCGCUGCGCAUCCUUCCCCUACUACACCAGCGGCAAGUUCGGAAGCGAAAACUACAUGGAUGUCAUGGAACCAAGCCACAGCUUUCUUCCAAAUACAGAGACAUUUCACACGCCAAGCCUCGGCGAUGAAGAGUUCGAAAUCCCACCCAUCAACCCCCUCAAUGAAAUGGAUCCUUCUGGAUUGAUUCUGGAUGAUUCUGUGGUGCGGUAUCAUGGGCUGGAAGAUACUAUUCCACCACAGGGGGGACAGUAUGUGCCACAUUUCCCACCACAAAAUCUCGACCUGCCGGCCAUCACUGUUUCCCGAGGCAUGAUGGGAGGUCACAUGAAUGGCAUGGCAAUGGCUCAAGCUAACCCAGCGUUCUUUGGGCACGACCCUCACCUGGGCUUCCCUCACAUGAUUCCCAUGGGCGGCCUGGGCCAGCCAGGGUCCAUGCUGCCACCACACGGGCAGCUCACCACCAUCAACCAGUCCCACCUGGGCCUGGGGGCUAUUGGGGCCGGGGGAGGCGGCGGCGGCGGUGGUGGCGCCGGCAUGGCAGGGCUACCGUACGGCUCACCCUCACCUCCCGGAAGCAAGUCUGCCACGCCGUCUCCGACCAGCUCGGCUAAUGACGAGGAGGCGGACGAUGCGGCUCGGAAUGGCGGAGAGAAGCGGCCUGCUCCCGACUCCGUGCUCAAGAAGCCCAAGAUGCCCAAGAAGAAAAAGAAGAAGGACCCCAACGAGCCCCAGAAGCCCGUGUCGGCCUACGCGCUCUUCUUUCGCGACACGCAGGCGGCCAUCAAGGGGCAGAACCCGAGCGCCACGUUCGGAGAGGUCUCCAAGAUCGUGGCCUCCAUGUGGGACGGCCUAGGAGAGGAGCAGAAGCAGGCAUAUAAACGAAGAACUGAAGCAGCUAAAAAGGAGUACCUGAAGCAGCUUGCAGCAUACCGAGCCAGCUUAGUUUCCAAGUCCUACCCCGACCCAGGCGACACCCAGCCUCCACGCGUCACGCAGGGCGGCAUAUCGCAGGUCAACAUGUCGUCCUCCUUCCCAAUGUCACAACAAUCUCCGGGCAUGGCCUCCCAGCUGCAGCCCAUCCCCAGGACCAUCGCACCCAAGCCGCAGGGGAACCAGGGACAACCUCCGCAACAGCAGCAGCAGCAGCAGCAGCAGCAGCAGCAACAGCAGCAACAGCAACAACAGCAGCAACAGCAACAACAGCAGCAACAGCAGCAACAGCAGCAACAGCAGCAACAGCAGCCACAGCCGACGCCCGUCGGGAUGGUGAUGUCGCCCCGGCCAAUGAGGAUGAGCCCCCCUCGCCCACACCACCACCCACACCCUCACCAGCACCAUCACCACUCGCCGCACGGCAUGCCCACGCAGAUGAUGACGCCGGGCCAGGCGAUGGUGCCACCCCACGGCAUGCCCAUGCAGCGCCUGCACCCGGCGCAGGGCCCGCCCAUGGGGAUGCCCACACCCCAGCAGCAACAGCAGCAGCACAUGCAGCACGCGGCAGCACAGCAAGCCCUGAUGGGACAACCGCAGGAGCCCCAGCCGCCACACUCUCAGCCGCAGGGGCAGCCCCAGCCGCCGCAGCCGCAGGGCCAGCACAUGAUGGUGUUCGGGCAGCAGAUGAUGGGCAGCCCCAUCCAGUCACCUCACGGCUUCGCUCAGCCACCACCCGGGCCGCCCCAGCACCACCCGAUGGGCGGGCAGCAGCAGCAGCAGCCACAGCUGCACUGUGAGCCAAUUGGGCCAGACCAGCAGUCUAUACAGGUGUACUCCCCGCAGCAGGGCGACUCGCGACCCAUGAUGGGCUCCCCUCCGCCGCCUCAGCCCAGCCUGCCUUCCCCGCAGGGACAGCCGCCCCCGCACCGGUCGUGCGUCCGCGCCGGCUGCCCCAACCCGCCGGCUCCCAGCGCCGACUGGGACAGCAGCUACUGCAGCAGCGAGUGCGUGGUCCACCACUGCAGAGAUGUGUUUAUGGCUUGGGUGGCGGGAAGAAACCAGAGCAAUGCUGCUCCUGUCAAGUGAAGCCACUGGACGGGACACUGACUGAAGCGUUGUGUGCUUUGCAGUGAUUGCUGGAACUUGAAAAACGAUGAUUCAAAAAGGAAAGUACGCAGAUCAGAGUGGGAAGGGUGACUCUCGCGCCGACACAGGGACGCUGUCUGGAUUUUCUUCUCUCCCGAAGGCGAAACACAUAACUGUACUGCGUCACGUCACGCAAGUUCUCUUUUAAACCCUGUAGAAAUUAUUAUCCCUUAUCCUCUCUACGCUUUAACUGAACACCUGUGUUUUGAUAUAUCACUACAUGUAAAUGUUCUACGGUUACCACUUGCUGCGAGCAAAGCUAAUCGUUAGUGUAAAAGCCACACGUGUAAAGGAUGGUGCUUUUUUUUUCUUCUGUUUGUGACGCUAUCAGUUAUCGGAUGUACAGCCCAUAUAUGUGAAAAACACAGACAAACAGACCACAAACCUUGCGCCGACAGUUGAUAACUACAGCACAGUUUACCAAAACGAGCAGCAGCAACCUCUCGGAGCCGGGGCUGACUGUGCUAAUCCACGCCGCAUUGUCGGGCGCAUCGAGAAAAAAAAAAACAUUUCACUGUUGUACAUUCACAGAGAACGACUGAACAGACGAUGGCACCGGACGAAUGCAUUUGUGCGACGCUUGACCACUUGUCAUGCUUAUCCCCUGCCCAAGUCGCAGGGUGCACUGGGUGCACUGGUGCAACCAGUCGGAAGGGAGGGGGCGGCACCCUGCUUUCUUCAUUUUUUGAUCCCACGGUGACCCUGGUCGGCACAGACCCGAAUGCGGAUAUUGUUGCAUUUAUCAGACACUUUACCAGGCUAUGAUGUGUGGAAGAAGACACACGGGGGAUUUAAUUCUGUGUGUUAGCCUCAUUAACUGAACUGGGGGUGAGGGGGGGGGGGUCUGGCAGGGGCUUCAGUAAAUGACUCUCCCACACGUUUCAUCGCUAUGGUUUUUUUUUCUAUAAGGUGCCUGUCUGCCUGUCUGUCUGUCUUUUUUUUAUCUGCUAUAUAAAUGUGUGUAAUGCACGGAUUGCUAUUUAAGAAAUGAAAAAAAAAUGUAAAAACAGAAAAAAAUGUACUUUGAAAUGGAGAGCUGGGAAUCCACUGCCAAGGCAAACAUUAAGACAUUAAUGUGGUUUUCAGUUGGCCGUAGAUAAAUUGAAAAAAUGGCAGUGUACAAAUUGUGCGUGCAUCAUAUAUAUACACAUACCUGGCUGCCAAGAGGGUAGAACCUCGCAUUCAGUAUCUCCUCCUUUGCUGUUGGGGUUUUCGUUUUUCUGUUUUUGCAAAUUUUGCAAUCUUAGCACUUGUUUGUUGGAGCUGUAUGUGGCUGAACAAAUGUACUUGUAAGUUGUGGCAAAUAAAAUAAAAACAAAAAAAUUCCAGCCUGGGUUACCUAGGGCUUUACGAGAUAAUUUGUAAAAAAAAAAAUAACGUGGUGAUGAUGUUUUUUUCUUUUCUAGCGAAGAAAAUACACCGGAAAAAAAAUGUUUGGGAUUUGUAAAGUAAGAUGAAAACACAAUUAAAACAAACCAUGCUUUUUAGCUCUCCGUUUAAACCACACCUUAUAUUCUGCUACCAAAAAAUGAAAAAAAACCAGUGAAAAUAUUUACAUUUUGUAAUCUACGGUAUAUUGCAGAAGUUAAUAUAGCUUUUUUGUAUGUCGUCGUGUGUAGAAUAAAAAAGAUAAAUCCGCCAGAUUUUUAAGUGAAAUCCAUUUGCAUUAAAUGCCAAAAUAGCUUUCUAAUUGACUGCUGGGGGUAUAGUUUUAACAGAGGGGGUGUUGAAGUUGGCUCCAUGUAGCCUUAAAAGCAUUCAAUGGUAUAAUAUGAUGUAAUAAAUUAAAUGUUUCUGUUUCUUAUUUAAUUUUGUUUUUGUAUUUGAAAAUGAGGCUUUAUUUAAACUGUAAUAAUGACAUUUUAAGGAGGUCAUCACCAUCUUUUAAAACAUUUCUCUUGUUUAGUGUAAAUCAGUCUUUCGGAUUUGGUGGUAUUAUUGUUAUUAUUAUUUGUUUGUAAUUUUUUGGGCCACAAUAAAUUAAGUCAUCACAAAAUGUGA